AUGGCAUCUGCGGGUUUAACGGAGGCACCGCCAGUGGCAAUCGAGUCAUCAGAGACACAACCUUUAUUGGGUCAUUCUAGCAAUGAGACAGAGACAGAGGAAGGAUAUCUUCUCUUGAAUCUUGUUUCAGGUACAGCUAGUAUUGCUCAACUGGGAAUCUGGGUUUUCGCCGCUCUCGUCUGGUUCAACAUCCUCUCUCAACCAAUCAUCCUCUUCACAGCUCAUCCACUUCUCGCCAUUUCAGGACUCCUAUUGCAAGUGCAAGGAAUCCUUAUCGUCCAACCAACCACAACAGGUCCCCAAAAACACCGAGGCGCUCGCUAUCACUAUAUCAUCCAAUUAAUCAGCACUUUUCUCUUCCUCGCUGCUUUCACCGUCAUCGAAGUCAACAAAGGCACUCACCCGCAUUUCGUUUCUGCCCACGGAAUUCUCGGUCUCCUUACGAUUAUCUUCGUCACUUAUCAAUCUCUCUUCGGUGUGGUCCAGUACUUCGUGCCUGGUGCCCUUCUAGGCAGUGUCGAGAACGGAAAGAAACUCUACAAGUAUCAUCGCUGGACUGGAUAUGUGGCGCUGUUGGUGCUGGAGAUUCCGACUGCGAUCUUCGGGGCGACGCAGACGGGAUACAGCAUAGCCUUUUUACAUAUCCCACUAUGGGCGGUCAUUAUUGCAGGGCUGGCUGUUGUACUUGGAGCUGGGGCUCGAAUUCGGAAAUUCAAGUUGGGACUUUGA